GAUCCCUAUAGGAAGUGUGUCCGUUGAGGCUGGUGGUCGUUUUCAAAUUUUUCUCUGGUUUUGAUGAGUCAAAAAAUGGAAAAAAUAAUACAGCUAAAAGCAACACAUAUAAAAACAGACGCAUUAGUGCUUGAAAAUUUGUUACAGACAGAAAUUGUAGACAAAAAUAAAAAAAAUCAAGACCAACAACGAUUUAGUGAACAUGAAUCUAAGAUUAAAGAACUAACAUCAAAAUUGGCUAUUAUGAAAGAAAAGCAAUAUACAGCAACUCAAAAUUUGGAGCAUAAAAAUAAUGAAUUGUGCAAACAUAAUAUCUAUUUAGAAAAAGUACAAGCAGAAAAAAAAGCGCUUUUACAAGAGAUUAAACAGUUAGAGGAAAAACGAGACAACUUGAAAUCUUAUAAACCAAAUUUACAAGAUCAGCAACUGUUGGAACAAGGAAGGAAAAAAUUAAAAUUAUACAAAAAUUUAACAAGGAUUCAGUGGGAUUAUGAAGCUACAAAACAAAGUGUAAAAGGCUAUGUCUCAAAUAAUUAUGAUUAUAUUCAUCACUUUUGUCAUGAAGAUCAAGAACCUAGUGAAUUAGCAGACUCUCUGUGGCAUGAAAUAUAUUUGUCUACUAGUAAAGCUAGAGACAAAAAUUUAACACUGCGAUAAUAAUACUGCGAUAAUGUGAUAAUAAUACUAUGAUAGUUAUAAUCUUCUACACUUGUAAGAAUAGAGUUAAAUUAGAUUUACUUUACCUCUGUUAUUGCGGAGAAUCUCUCCUAAAUAUUUAAAAUAUUUUUUAAAUUUUUUAA